AUGCAGGUCCGCACUCUUUUCGCCGUGCUUUCGGCAGCCACUCUUUUACAAUUCACCCACGGUCUUAAUGCUUGCCCUGGCAACGACGAUAUCUUUACUGGAGCGGAAGGCAUCAGAUAUCGAGUUUGCCCCGGCACCGACCUUACAGGACCCACGAAAUCGAUCACGCGCGUUGCUUCGGUUACAGCAUGCGCAAAACUUUGCGACAAGAGUAUGGACUGCUUCAAGGCAGUGUUUGAUACCAAGACGAAAGAUUGCCACUUCAAGGAUCUUGCCGGCCUGAAUUGGGUUGCCAACGAUCGCUUCCAGGUCAUUCAAGCAGAGCAAGUGAACAUCGCUCGCUGCCCUGCUGGCGAAUGGACGUAUCACAGAAACAGGAAACAAUACAGCAUCUGCCCUGGCACCGACAUCCGCGGACCAAGCGAGAAGGUAUGGCAAGGCGUGAACACAUUUGAUACCUGUGCCUACCUGUGCGCCAACUGGGCCACGUGUACCGCCGCUGUCUACGAUUCUGCCAAGAAGGCUUGCCACAUCAAAGCCGACUCGCGCAGUAACACUUUGAUCUGGUCAACCGACAAACGCUUCGAUGUAAUGCGUCUCAAUGUAGCGCCUGCACCUGCGAAGGAUGGUGAAUGGUCAGAUCUUAUCCGCCUGCCCGUCAUCCCCGUUGCUGCAUAUGUCGUCCCGGAAUACCCUGUCUCGGAACGUCUUCUCGUAUUCUCGAGUUGGGGCGCUGAUGCUUUCGGAGGUGCUGGUGGACGCACUCAAUUUGCGGACUACAACUUCAACACUGGAGCUGUUUCAGCUCGUACAGUGAGCAACACUCAUCACGACAUGUUCUGUCCCGCAAUGAGCAGUCUUCAGGACGGAAAGCUUCUGAUCCAAGGAGGAUCUGACGCUUCCGCCGCCAGUCUUUAUGAUCCAGCAUCAAACGGAUUCACUCGUGCACCCGACAUGAAAAUGGCUCGCGGCUACCAAUCAUCCACGACGACAUCCGACAACCGCGUUUUCACCAUCGGAGGUGCAUACUCUGGCCCACGCAAGGGUAAAGACGGCGAAGUGUACGACCCUACCACCAACGCCUGGACGGCACUGCCAAACGCGAAGAUGAAGGCUAUGCUCACGACCGACCAUGAAGGCAUCUGGCGUGAAGACAACCAUGCAUGGUUGUUUGGUUGGAAGAACGCCUCCGUUUUCCAGGCCGGUCCAAGCAAGGCCAUGAACUGGUACGGUACCAAGGGAACUGGAUCGCAAGUCGCUGCUGGUAUUCGUGACCCCAUUGAUGAUGCGAUGUGUGGAAUCUUCGUCAUGUACGAUGCCACUGCUGGCAAGAUCUUGAGUGCUGGCGGCGCGCCUGACUACACCAACGCAGACGCCAACGCUCGGGCCCACAUCACUACAAUCGGCGAGCCGAACACCCCUGCCAAGGUUGAGCGAGUCGCGGACAUGGCCUACCCUCGCGGUUUCUCCAACGCGGUCGUUCUGCCUGACGGAAAAGUUCUCGUAAGCGGUGGUCAAAAACGCUCAUUGGUCUUCACCGAUACGGAUGGAGCUCUCUACCCAGAACUGUUCGACCCAGCCACCAAAUCUUGGAAGACUCUAGCACCACAAGCUGUCCCCCGCAACUAUCACUCAGUCAGCAUCCUGCUAGCCGAUGGACGCGUUUUCUCCGGUGGCGGUGGUCUUUGCUACGUCGCGCAGGGAGUCGGCCGCAGCUCCGCCAACUGCAACAAACUCGUCGACCAUGCCGAUGGCCAGAUCUUUUCCCCACCGUAUCUCUUUAACAACGACGGUACCCCCGCAACCCGACCAGUCAUCAGCUCUUUGAGCGCGGAGAGCGUCAAGGUUGGAGGCAAACUGACCAUCCAAGUCGAGACGUCUACACCAGGCCUCAAGUUCGCCUUGGUCCGCAUCGGCAGCGUCACACACUCCGUCAACACCGAUCAGCGCCGCGUGCCUUUGACCAACGUCAAGGGUGAUGGAUGCAGUUACACUGCUACACUGCCUGACGACAGUGGCAUUCUCAUCCCAGGUGCCUACUACGUCUUUGUCAUGUCGAAGGAGGGAGUUCCUAGCAUCGCCCGGACUGUACAGAUCGUACUCCCAUGA